AUGGCAGAGUCUAUGGAUAUUAGGGGAGUGUGCAAACCCGGAUAUCCUGGAUUCCUCUACAUCGAAGGUGAAGACUCUUCAAUCCGUCUAUAUGUGAAGGAAAUCAAGCGUAUGAAAUGGCAGUCUGUCGAAGUCAGACGUAACGUGCAGGAGACCAUCCCCGAUGACGUUUGCAAGAAUAAAUCCUGCAAAAAAGAAACGGGACGGCUGGGAGGUCCUUUUACGGUCAUCGAGGUUGAUACUUCGGAAGAAAUGAGUAAAAUUCUAAGAGCAGCUGGGCUCGGGGAGUUUCUACGCAAGGCUAUGACCGGGUCGCAUGAUUAA